CCGGGGCCAGAGUCUUAAAACCGAGGGCCCGCAGGGGUCCCCGCGGCCGCCGCGAUGCAGAAAUACGAGAAACUGGAAAAGAUUGGGGAAGGCACCUACGGAACAGUGUUCAAGGCCAAAAACCGGGAGACUCAUGAGAUCGUGGCUCUGAAACGGGUGAGGCUGGAUGACGAUGAUGAGGGUGUGCCGAGUUCUGCCCUCCGGGAGAUCUGCCUACUCAAGGAGCUCAAGCACAAGAACAUCGUCAGGCUUCAUGAUGUCCUGCACAGUGACAAGAAGCUGACUUUGGUUUUUGAAUUCUGUGACCAGGACCUGAAGAAGUAUUUUGAUAGUUGCAAUGGUGACCUUGAUCCUGAGAUUGUAAAGAAUGGGGAGCUGAAAUUGGCUGAUUUCGGCCUGGCUCGAGCCUUUGGGAUCCCUGUCCGCUGUUACUCAGCUGAGGUGGUCACACUGUGGUACCGCCCACCGGAUGUCCUCUUUGGGGCCAAGCUGUACUCCACGUCCAUCGACAUGUGGUCAGCCGGCUGCAUCUUUGCAGAGCUGGCCAAUGCUGGGCGGCCUCUUUUUCCCGGCAAUGAUGUUGAUGACCAGUUGAAGAGGAUCUUCCGGCUGCUGGGGACGCCCACCGAGGAGCAGUGGCCCUCUAUGACCAAGCUGCCAGACUAUAAGCCCUACCCGAUGUACCCGGCCACAACAUCCCUGGUGAACGUCGUGCCCAAACUCAAUGCCACGGGGAGGGACCUGCUGCAGAACCUUCUGAAGUGUAACCCUGUCCAGCGUAUCUCAGCAGAAGAGGCCCUGCAGCACCCCUACUUCUCCGACUUCUGCCCGCCCUAGGCCCCAGGAUCCCCGGCCUCCAGGCUGGGGCCUGGCCUAUUUAAGCCCCCUCUUGGGAGGGGCAAGAUGGUGGGGGUGCCCCGUGCACUGUGCUCCAGCUGUGCUGGGCCCAGCUGGGGUGGGGUGCCUGAGCCUAAGUUUCUCACUCCCUUUGUGGACUUUAUUUAAUUUCAUAAAUUGGCUCCUUUCCCACA